GACCGGGUGAGGUGAGCAUCAACGAACGCCAGCCGUGGAGAUAACAUAUAGGCACCAGAAAACCCUUCAACUCCUAUGAGAUGAACAGGAUUCGAAGUCGAUCGGACCAUAGAUGUCACAUCUGCAACAAGAACUUCUCCAAGGGGGAGCAUUUAACAAGGCACAUCCGCAGCCAUACCAAGGAACGACCCUAUGAGUGUGGAAUCUGUGGCAAGCUGUACUCCCGAAGUGAUGUGUUGAGGCGGCAUGAAAAGAGUCAUCAGAACCUGUCCCCGGAGUCCCAUGCAUCUGGGCCGACCACAUCAUUUCCUGAUGACAAUUCGAUGUUGUUCACACCACCAUCUCAAGCCGGAUCGGGACCGAAGCCAGUGGGAGCAGUCGAUCAGCCCCUUUGGCUUCCACAUGCAACAGCUCAAACACCGAAUCUCAGCAGGUCUGAUGUGCAACAUCCGCCGGGAAUGGCUUUACAUGAUACCAUGUCACAUGGUGAUUCUAGCUGGUUUCUAGGGGCAGACCUGGAUGUAGACGCGCUAGACCUUUCAUUAUCGUCCGCAAUCUUCGAGUGGGCUCAGUUACCUUCAACUACCCCCUAUGCAGGAUCAACAAAUAGCAAUUUCGACCUUGCGGGGCCAAUCACAGCACCGACGAGUGUCUUGGAACCGAGCUCAUCUCAUCACCCAAAUUCUGUCCAGAAGAAAUGGUUCACUUAUUUGUCACCAUCUGAAGAGUCCAGAUCGACCCAGCCAACCGCAACUGAUCACACUGGUUCAAUUGCAUCGUGCAAUGUCAAUGCAGAUGAGAACUAUCGUGCUGGCCUCUCGCGCCAGCUCCAACCUCGGAUGCAUGAUGAGGCUUUACCAUCUGCAGAGCAUCUCAACCUCUUUGCUAGGUUAUUCUUCAGUCGCUUUCAUUCUUUACUCCCUAUCAUCCAUGCCCCGACCUUCCGGCCAACACCGGAAAACUCUUUAUUAUUUCUGUCAAUAUGCUCCAUUGGUAGUCUCUUUGUGGGAUCUUCACAUGCAGUGGCCCAGGGAACAAGAAUUUUUGAGAGGCUAAACAAGGCGAUUCUUGCCUCUUGGGAGACCAUACUAUCUUGCAGUCGCCCUGAUGCGCUAUCCAUGGUACAGGCUGCAAUUAUGGGGCAGACAUUCGCAAUUCUAUCAGGGAGGCCGAGGGAUUUGGUAAUGGCAGAUGUCCUGCAUGGAACUGUAAUUUCAUGGGCCAGAGAAUCCAAUAAGCAUAGUCAUGUGGAUCUCAAUGACACCAAGAAGUUCAACCUAGAUCUUGAUGCACCAGAUCUGGAAGAGCAAUGGCAAACAUGGAUCGAGGUGGAACAGCGAGGACGUGUUGAGGUCGCCUUGAAUAUUCACGAUGCAGAGCUUGCAGGUCUACUUCACCAUGACCCAGCCCGCAAGCAUCGAUUCGCUCAAUACCCUCUUCUAGAAUCGGAUGCUCUCUUCAUGGCUCCAACUGCCACCAAAUGGGCUUCAAUUUAUAAGCAGCUCUCAUCGACCCAGACAUCUACAUUGACCAUGGAUGACGCUUUCCACAAUGCAGGGGGUAGAUCAAGAUUUGCCGCCUACAGCGUUCUAGAGAGUAUAAACGCGAGUCUUCUCGAGUCGCGGCAUUCAACUACAUUUAGCACCCAAGAAUCAGCAAGAAUAUCUAAACUCAUGAUUCACUGGUGGCGGACCCACAAAGAGUAUCUUCGAGACGACGAAGACCCCUUCAGUCUCCCCGUCCUGUGGCAUACCACAUACAUGUGUCUCUACGUUGACAUGGACCAACUAGAACAGGCAAUUGGCCGUUGUGGAAGUUCAAAAGCCAAUCGAGCAUUGGAUAAGGUUCAAAAAUGGGCGUGCUCGCUGGAUGCGAGCAAAUGUCUUGUCCAUGCAUUGCUGGUCCAGCGCUACCUGGAGCGGAUGCGGGUAUCUGCUGAGCCUGCGAUCCAUCUUCCGCGAGCCUUAUUUUCUGCUGCCUUGGCGUGGAUCUGCUUCAACCGGAUUGGCCACCAACAGGAGAUCAACCUCAAAGCAUUUGAUGCACCUGAGAUCCAAUUGCUGGGGAGUGAUACCGCACUACACGAAGCCCAGGGGCAGGCAUUCGGAGAUUCGGCUUUUGCUGAUGUAAACCAUCUUCACCGACUGAUUGAUCUUCUUUCCCGGGUUGGACGAUGGGCCAUUUCUAAGACAUUUGCAUCGGUUUUAUGUGCCGCCCUGGAAGAUGGAAAAAUGGAAUAGACUAUGUUUGUAUACCGAAGGAACUGGAUAUGGAUAGAGGCGGGGUCCAAUCGGAAAACAAUCUAUCCAUGCCAAUAGCGAGAGCUUGAAAAACUCAGCUUCGCAGCAGGAAACCCAAAUACGUGAUUCCAGGACGCCCUCGUCCAGCAAAUGGGGCCACCCCACUGGAAUUGGCGGGGAGUUGCGGGGUGACGGGGUGGCCCACCACUUCAAUGUGAGAGCCGAAGAUUGAGAAUAAUUACGCGAAGACACUUUACGGCAAAACGAGGCUUCAACUGGGGUAAAGAUGAUCAUAAUAUGCGCGAAUAUUCGGAUA